GUCGGUAGUGUUCCACGAGACUUUACCAGCUUUUCCAUUUGCAUCGCUGAUUCACUCGUCAAAACUGCUGCAGAGUUUGAUGGCAUGACUGAUGAGGAAAUCGACGCUAUGCCCGAACUUCCCCUUAUUACCGUCAGAUGUGCACCGGAAACAAAGAUGAGGAUGAUCGCUGCCCUUCAUUGA